AUGUUUCAUGCCUCUCUCUUUUACGAUUUGUUUUCGACUGCUUUUGACUUGUUAUCAGUCCAUUCAUCGGUUCAAGACCGCCUACCAGCCCUACCCACUUAUCUAUCUCCACCUAUUCACGGUCCUGAUCUCUCCACCCUACCUCUCUCUCCACCCUUUCUUUUCUGUCUCUCUCUCGCUUUCGCUAUCUAUCUAUCUAUCUAUCUAUCUAUCUAUCUAUCUAUCUAUCUAUCUAAUUCCUCUAACCAAAUAUUUUUCAUAAGUUCGAACCAGUCUCUUUCUGUCUCUCUCAAUCUUUCAGAUUUUCUUACAAUCUCCCCCUACCUUGAAAUCAUUUUUUUCUUUCUUUCUUUCUUUCUUUCUUUCUUUCUUUCUUUCUUUCUUUCCAGUCAUUUUCUUUCUUUCUUUCUUUCUUUCAAGUCAUUUUCUAUUCUUUCUUUCUUUCUUUCUUUCUUUCUUUCUUUCUUUCUUUCUUUCUUUCUAGUCAUUUUCUAUUCUUUCUUUCUUUCUUUCUUUCUUUCUUUCUUUCUUUCCAGUCAUUUUCUUUCUUUCUUUCUUUCUUUCAAGUCAUUUUCUAUUCUUUCUUUCUUUCUUUCUAGUCAUUUUCUAUUCUUUCUUUCUUUCUUUCUUUCUUUCUAUUCCCAUGAUUUUUCUUCCUUCUUUUUUUCUCUUUCUAACUUUUUCCUUUCUCUCUUUUUUCAUACCCUCUUUUUUCCUUUCUUUCUUGUUUCCUUUGUUUCAGUUUUUCUUUCUUUUUCCUUCCUUCCUUCCUUCCUUCCUUUCUUUCUUCUUUUCUAUUCUUUCUUUCUUUCUUUCUUUCUUUCUUUCCAGUCAUUUUCUUUCUUUCUUUCUUUCUUUCUUUCUUUCUUUCUUUCUUUCUUUCUUUCUAGUCCUUUUCUAUUCUUUCUUUCUUUCUUUCUUUCUUUCUUUCUUUCUUUCUUUCUUUCUUUCUUUCUAGUCAUUUUCUAUUCUUUCUUUCUAGUCAUUUUCUUAUUUUUUCUUUCUUUCUUUCUUUCUUUCUUUCUUUCUUUCUUUCUUUCUUUCUAUUCCCUUGAUUUUUUUCCAUCUUUUUUUCUCUUUCUAACUUUUUCCUUUCUCUCUUUUUUCAUACCCUCUUUUUUCCUUUCUUUCUUGUUACCUUUGUUUCAGUUUUCCUUUCUUUCUUUCUUUCUUUCUUUAUUUCUUUCUUUAUUUCUAUCUUUCUUUCUUUCUUUCUAUUCCCUUGAUUUUUCUUCCUUCUUUUUCUCUUUUUCUAACUUUUUCCUUUAUCUCUUUUUUCAUACCCUUUUUUUUCCUUUCUUUCUUGUUUCCUUUGUUUCAGUUUUUCUUUCUUUUUUCCUUUCUUUCUUUCUUUCUUUCUUUCCUUUUUCUUUCUUUUUCCUUCCUUCCUUCCUUUCUUUCUUUCUUUCUUUCUUUCUUUCUUUCUUUCUUUCUAUUCCCUUGAUUUUUCUUCCUUCUUUUUCUCUGUUUCUAACUUUUUCCUUUCUCUCUUUUUUCAUACCCUCUUUUUUCCUUUCUUUCUUGUUUCCUUUGUUUCAGUUUUCCUUUCUUUCUUUCUUUAUUUCUUUCUUUCUUUCUUUCUUUCUUUCCAGUCAUUUUCUUUCUUUCUUUCUUUCUUUCUUUCUUUCUUUCUUUCUUUCUUUCUUUCUUUCUAGUCAUUUUCUAUUCUUUCUUUCUUUCUUUCUUUCUUUCUUUCUUUCUUUCUUUCUUUCUUUCUUUCUUUCCAGUCAUUUUCUUUCUUUCUUUCUUUCUUUCUUUCUUUCUUUCUUUCUUUCUUUCUUUCUUUCUUUCUAUCAUUUUCUAUUCUUUCUUUCUUUCUUUCAAGUCAUUUUCUUUCUUUCUUUCUUUCUUUCUUUCUUUCUUUCUUUCUUUCUUUCCAUUUUCCUUUCUUUCUUUCUUUCUUUCUUUCUUUCUUUCUUUCUUUCUUUUUUCUUUCUUUCUUUCCAGUCAUUUUCUUUUUUCUUUCUUUCUUUCUUUCUUUCUUUCUUUUCUUUCUUUCUUUCUAGUCAUUUUUCUAUUCUUUUUUCUUUCUUUCUUUCUUUCUUUCUUUCUUUCAUUUUUUUCUUUCUUUCUUUCUUUCUAGCCUUUCUUUCUUUCUUUCUUUCUUUCUUUCUAGUCAUUUUCUAUUCUUUCUUUCUUUCUUUCUUUCUUUCUAGUCAUUUUCUACUUCUUUCUUUCUUUCUUUCUAGUCAUUUUCUAUUCUUUCUUUCUUUCUUUCUUUCUUUCUUUCUUUCUUUCUAUUCCCAUGAUUUUUCUUCCUUCUUUUUUUCUCUUUCUAACUUUUUUUUUUCUCUCUUUUUUCAUACCCUCUUUUUUCCUUUCUUUCUUGUUUCCUUUGUUUCAGUUUUUCUUUCUUUUUCCUUCCUUCCUUCCUUCCUUCCUUUCUUUCUUUCUUCCUUUCUUUCUUUCUUUCUUUCUUUCUUUCUUUCUAUUCCCUUGAUUUUUCUUACUUCUUUUUCUCUCUUUCUAACUUUUUCCUUUCUCUCUUUUUUCAUACCCUCUUUUUUCCUUUCUUUCUUGUUUCCUUUGUUUCAGUUUUUCUUUCUUUCUUUCUUUCUUUCUUUCUUUCUUUCUUUCUUUCUUUUUUCUUUCUUUUUCCUUCCUUCCUUCCUUCCUUCCUUCCUUCCUUUUUUCUUUCUUUCUUUCUUUCUUUCUAUUCCCUUGAUUUUUCUUCCUUCUUUUUCUCUCUUUCUAACUUUUUCCUUUCUCUCUUUUUUCAUACACUCUUUUUUCCUUUCUUUCUUGUUUCCUUUGUUUCAGUUUUUCUUUCUUUUUUCCUUUCUUUCUUUCUUUCUUUCUUUCUUUCCAGUCAUUUUCUUUCUUUCUUUCUUUCUUUCUUUCUUUCUUUCGUUCUAUUUUUCUUUCUUUUUCCUUCCUUCCUUCCUUCCUUCCUUCCUUUCUUUCUUUCUUCCUUUCUUUCUUUCUUUCUUUCUUUCUAUUCCCUUGAUUUUUCUUACUUCUUUUUCUCUCUUUCUAACUUUUUCCUUUCUCUCUUUUUUCAUACCCUCUUUUUUCCUUUCUUUCUUGUUUCCUUUGUUUCAGUUUUUUUUUCUUUCUUUCUUUCUUUCUUUCUUUCUUUCUUUCUUUCUUUCUUUUUCUUUCUUUCCUUCCUUCCUUCCUUCCUUCCUUCCUUCCUUUUUUCUUUCUUUCUUUCUUUCUUUCUAUUCCCUUGAUUUUUCUUCCUUCUUUUUCUCUCUUUCUAACUUUUUCCUUUCUCUCUUUUUUCAUACACUCUUUUUUCCUUUCUUUCUUGUUUCCUUUGUUUCAGUUUUUCUUUCUUUUUUCCUUUCUUUCUUUCUUUCUUUCUUUCUUUCUUUCUUUCCUUUUUCUUUCUUUUUCCUUCCUUCCUUCCUUCCUUCCUUCCUUUCUUCCUUUCUUUCUUUCUUUCUUUCUUUCCGUACCUUUGAUCUUGCUUUCUUUCUUUCUUUUUUCUUUCUUUCUUUCCUUCUUUUUACUCGGUCUUCACAUUUACAUUAA